AUGGAAAAGUUUGAUCGUAGAGGAACUGAAAUAACUGCUCCUGUACCGAUGACUCCUUCAAAAACGACUGGCCUUGGAGGGUUUGAAGUUCCCUCAUCCAGAGCCAGAGGUAGUGCUCUAAGAUCUCACGCCAGUGCUUUAAAUGUUGGCGUUCUCCAUCUUGUGCCCACACUAGAGGUGUUCCCAUUGCUGGCUGACCCAAAAAUGUAUGAGCCUAACACAAUUGAUCUAUCAGAUCAAGGCGAACAAGAGCUGUGGCAAGAGAAGGUGGAACUGAGGACGCGGAAAGACGUGGUGAUGCUUUUGCUCGUGCUUUUUCUGCUCAUUUGGCAAGAUAGGGAGAACGAGGCGUCACUUGCUGUUUUACCUGAUUUACUGGAGGAGCUUGAUUCAGUGAGUGAGGAGGCGAGGCUGCUUACACUUAUAGAAGGUGUUCUAGCAGCAAACAUAUUCGACUGGGGAUCUCGGGCAUGUGUGGAUCUAUAUCAUAAAGGAACCAUCAUUGAAAUAUACAGAAUGAGUCGCAACAAGAUGCAGAGACCAUGGAGGUUUUAUGAUGAUUUUGAUGCUUUCAAAGAAAGGAUGCUAGGAUUUGGAGAUAAGCAGCCUCAUCGACAUAAAAGAGCGUUACUCUUUGUUGAUAACUCAGGAGCAGACGUCAUUCUUGGGAUGCUUCCUCUUGCCCGAGAGUUUCUCCGUCGUGGGUCUGAAGUUGUUCUUGUGGCAAACUCUCUUCCUGCUCUUAACGAUGUGACUGCUAUGGAACUCCCUGAUAUAGUCGCCGGGGCUGCUAAGCACUGUGACAUCCUGAGGAGAGCGGCAGAAAUGGGAGGCUUACUUGUGGAUGCGAUGGUAAAUCCGGGGGAUGGGUCAAAGAAGGAUUCAACUUCAGCACCAUUGAUGGUUGUUGAAAAUGGAUGCGGGAGUCCUUGCAUCGACCUCAGACAAGUCAGCUCUGAGCUUGCAGCUGCUGCCAAAGACGCCGAUCUUGUUAUCUUGGAAGGUAUGGGAAGAGCACUUCACACCAACUUCAACGCUCAAUUCAAAUGCGAGGCUCUCAAACUAGCAAUGGUGAAGAAUCAGAGAUUGGCAGAGAAGUUGAUAAAGGGAAACAUAUAUGAUUGUGUUUGCAGAUACGAGCCUCCCUCUCUCUCUCAGAUGUAA